AUGAUCGCCUCACGAACCAUUGUAUCCAGGCUAUUUCAACAAUCUGUGAGGCGCUACCACAAUGAACACUUCAAGCCGCCCACCAUGGACGAGCUGCCGGUACCCCGCGGCUCCUGGCAGACUCAGUACGACGCCAACCAGCGCCGCUACAACCUCGCCCUUUUGUUUGGAAUCGCCUUUACCGCUGGGACUUUGGUUGUUGCCAAGGCGUCUGGACUGGUGUACCUGAACUACUCGCCCCCGAAGUCUUUGGAUUAA